AUGAGUUCUAUGCAGCGUGAAUUAAUAAAUGCGCUAGGAUUAGGGGUAAAUGAAAAUUGUCUUAAAGAUGUAGAUGUAGUAGAAUUAAGCAGGCUUAUAGAGGAGGAUUUUCUAAGGACUACAAGUGGCCAAGAUCAACGUAUAGUAAGGCAAAGGAGAUUUGAAUUAUUAAGUAAUUUAAAAAGAAUAUCUAAUCCUGAUUUACGUAGAAGAAUUUUGGUUGGUGAAAUGUCUAUUAGACAAUUUGUUACAUGUCCUGUAAGUGAAUUAGCUCCUGAUUCAUUAAGACAGCAAAGAUUACAAGAACAAAAACGAUACUUUAAAGAGGAAUGUAUAUUAAUGGGUGGAGUAUUAGAUACCUUAAAUAAGGAUAAGCACAAUGAAGUUGUAAGGGCUGAAAAAAAAGAUGAAGAUGAUGUUAAUGAACUUUUUAAUGAUAAAUCUUAUGAAGAUAACCUACAAGCAGCUUCAAGCUCUAAGAAAAUUAGACUUAAUUCCUACAAUAAUGAUAGGCUUUACAGUAUUGUACCUAAUGUAUCUUUACUACUUAAAUCCCCUCCAAAUUGCUUUGAUAUUACUCCUUCAUAUGUGAUUAAUAAAUUUGUUAAUAGAUACAAACAACUAAUAAUGAAUAUGGAUAUACAGCAUCAAUUAAUCAAGCAGGCAAAAUUAAGGAUCGUCACUACUACAUAG